AAAAAGAAAAAAAAAAAAGGGAGGGGGAAGGGGGCAAAAGUCCUUCGAUUUCGAUCGCGUGAGCUCUGCUCACGAUCGAUCAUCAAAUCCGGAGAGAAGGAUUUUUCAUGGAAAUGGAUUACGUUUCUCAGUUCCCUCACAGUCACAUGGAUCGCCGGCCGAGGAAGAGGCCCAGGUUAGCUUGGGAAUCUCUGUCCAAGGCUCAGUCAGGAGGUUGUUGUGGGCAAGAUCUCGGAAAUGGUACGAGCUAUGGACCUCCAAGGGUACUCCCAGACCAUGCUAGUCUUUUUUUGAAGGCAUUGGAUCAAAAAGGUUCUCCCCCGUGGCGAGAUGAUGACAAGGAUGGGCAUUACAUGUUUGCUGUUGGAGAUAAUUUAACUCCUCGCUAUAAAAUCAGUAGAAAAAUUGGCGAAGGCACAUUUGGACAGGUAUUGGAAUGUUGGGAUAGAGAAACAAGGGAGAUGGUCGCCAUAAAAGUCGUGCGAAGUAUAAAAAAAUACCGUGAAGCAGCAAUGGUUGAAAUAGACGUGCUCCAAUUGCUUGGAAGAUAUGACAGAAAUGGCUGUCAUUGUGUUCAAAUACGGAAUUGGUUUGACUAUCGUAAUCAUAUAUGUAUUGUGUUUGAGAUGCUUGGACCAAGUUUGUAUGAUUUUCUCCGAAAAAAUAACUAUCGCCCUUUCCCAGUUGAUCUUGUACGGGAACUUGGGAGGCAGCUUUUGGAAUGUGUAGCAUUUAUGCACAAUCUGAACCUCAUCCAUACUGAUCUGAAGCCUGAGAACAUAUUGUUUGUUUCAUCAGAUUAUGUGAAAGUACCCGAUUAUAAGGUUUCAUCCCGAUCACCAAGAGAAGGAACUUGCUACAAGAGGUUGCCAAAGUCGAGUGCCAUAAAGGUCAUCGAUUUUGGAAGCACGGCCAAUGGGCUACGUAAACACAACUAUAUUGUCUCUACGAGGCACUACCGAGCACCGGAAGUUAUUCUUGGACUUGGGUGGAGUUAUGCUUGUGAUCUAUGGAGUGUUGGGUGUAUCCUCGUAGAGUUGUGCUCGGGAGAAGCAUUGUUUCAGACGCACGAGAACUUGGAGCACCUCGCAAUGAUGGAAAGGGUCUUAGGCCCAUUGCCACCACACAUGUUGAAAAGAGUCGAUCGGCCUGCUGAGAAAUAUGUCCGAAGGGGUAGACUUGAUUGGCCUGAAGGGGCUGCCUCUCGAGAAAGCAUUAAAGCUGUUCUAAAGCUUCCUCGUCUUCAGAAUAUUGUAAUGCAGCACGUUGAUCACUCAGCUGGGGAUCUAAUUGACCUCUUGCAAGGACUCCUGAAAUAUGAUCCAGCCGACAGAUUAUCUGCUCAUGAUGCACUCAGGCAUCCUUUCUUUAGUCGGGAGUAUGGGCGAAGGUUUUAAAGAAGAAGGUCCGAAAUAAACUUUGGUUUUCUCCUCGAACGGUCACUGUGCUUGUUGGUCAUUAAGGGGCUGUCAGGUCUUCGAGCUGCUUGUCAGUAGUGGAAGAGAAAAAAGAAGUAGCUGGAGGCAGUUUCUUGAGGUUCCAGCAUUAAGAAUUUUAGUGCUUUUUCUUGCUUGAGCUCUCGCAAUGAAAGCUUUAUAUUCUUGUCUUUGUACCAUGAGAACAUUGUUGUGUAUGUAUUCAAGAAGAAAAUGCCGUUUCCCUUCCGUUGCAAGAUGAAAUUUCAUGUAGGAAUCAGUUUGCCUGUCCUGCAAUUUGUGUUCGACUAAGAUAACAGUAUGUUUGGUUUCUAAA